UCUCCAUCUCCAUCUCUCUCAACAGAAAAUCUGCCUUUUCAACUAAGGAGAAAUUGAAAGACAGACAGAAAUCUAUCUCCACUGAACCGUUCAGCCGACCAAGCCUUGUCUAGCUAGGUACCUCUUAUCAUGGAUUUUAAUACCCAAAUAGCCAACUCAUCAUCUUCAUCCAAGAUUAAAAGGAAGAAUCAGCAGCAGCAGCAGCAACAACAACCAGGAACACCAGCAAAGUUUCUGGGUGUCCGAAGAAGGCCAUGGGGCAGAUAUGCUGCAGAGAUAAGGGACCCUUCAACCAAAGAGCGGCAUUGGCUUGGGACUUUCGACACAGCAGAGGAGGCAGCCUUAGCCUAUGACCGAGCUGCCCGUUCCAUGCGUGGUGUACGUGCUCGCACCAACUUUGUUUACUCAGACAUGCCACCUGGCUCUUCUGUCACCACUAUCAUCUCACCUGAUGAAUCACAGAAUGAUAUCUCAGCCCUCUUCAUUCCUCCACAACAAAACAACCCCACCAACCAACUCGUCUUUAGUCAGGACCCAGUUAAUGCAUGCCAGUUUCCAAGUGAAUUUUCAGGUGCAGGUGGAUGGGUUCCUGGAAGUGUCACUGGUGGGUUCCAACAGGCUGUCACAGGUGUUAUUGGUGGUAGUGGUGUGUCUUACCAGUUCAGUGGUGAAGACACGCAGCUCCCUCCUCUGCCUCCUGACAUUUCAACACCUUCUUUUGGUUCAGAUAUGGGUCAGGGGGUCUGGAAUGAAGCUAGUUUCCUUGGAUUCUCGGAGCAGACAACUGGGUUAGAUUUGGUGAGUGGUGGAUCAUGUUUUGGAAUGAUGGACUCAGGAGAGUUCGUGCAACACAAUCCACUAUUUGGGAGGAUCACUCCUUCAGCCAUUAACGAGUUUGAUUUGGGUUCAACAUCCUCUUAUUUCUUUUAAUAAAUUUUACUUAUCAAUGUUCAAGUUUUUGGUAGCCAGUGACUGGCUUGAGGAUGUAGGGUUAACUGUUGAUGAAUCAGUUUGCUUUCAAUAUCUGUAUGUUUUAACAUGCCUUGGGUUGGAGUGUAAGUGUACGGCAUUCCAUGAGACAUUUAGUGCUCUAUUGGAGUGUUUUUGAUUGUUAAAUCAUUUCCCUACAUUCACCGCUAUUUAAGUUACAAAGCAAUUAAGAUUUUUCU